CUUUUUCUUUGCAUUUAUUGGAAAGCCAAAGGAUCACAAGCCCUGAAUCCACUGUUCCUGCCUGGAGAAGAGCCUGCUGGGAGGGGUGCCCUGGGCUGCUGGAGAGUCACCCCUGGGAAACUGUGAUGACAGCUGCCAUGAGGAAAUACCCCAACCCCAUGAACCCCAGCGUGGUGGGAGUCGAUGUCCUGGACAGACACGUGGAUCCCAGCGGGAAGCUGCACAGCCACCGGCUCCUGAGCACAGAGUGGGGAAUCCCGUCCAUUGUGAAAUCGCUCAUCGGCACCUGCAGGACAAGGACCUAUGUGCAGGAGCACUCUGUUGUUGACCCUGUGAAAAAAACAAUGGAGCUUAAAUCCUGCAAUAUUUCAUUUACAAACCUCGUGUCGGUAGAUGAGAGGCUUGUCUAUAAACCACACCCUCAUGAACCACACAAAACCAUUCUGACACAAGAAGCAAUAAUAUCUGUAAAAGGUGUCAGUCUCAGCAGUUAUCUAGAAGGGCUAAUGGCAAACACAAUUUCUUCCAAUGCUAAAAAAGGCCGGGAAGCACUGGAAUGGGUAAUUAAAAGACUGAAUGCUGAAAUUGAAGAGUUUGCAGCUUCAGAGAGGAACCAUGAGGAAUUCGAUGGCAGCAGCAGCAUUUGUAGAGAAAUGAUGAUAGUUCUUAGACCUGUAUCACUAACAAGGCAUAACAACCUGCAGCUUCUCUCCAGGCCUACAUACAUGUAUUCUUUGUUAUUUAAAGGAUGUGUGUAUUAGGCAUGUUAUAAAUUUAAUUUGGAGAAAAGCUGAAUUCUUAACAAGGCUGAGGCUCAAAGGCUAUUUAAUAUAUUGGGUCAGCUGGACCGAUGAAGAAAUAAAUUUCAAGUGUAGUUCCUGUAUUUACAUGAACACUAAUUUAUGUUUGCAGGUAUGAAAUAGCCUCAUUUAGUACUGAGGCUGCCUAUGGUGGAGGACACUGGCAUCUUAGGCUAACUUUUAUUUUUUGUGUGACUUAUGGACUACCUCUUUUGGGACCAAACCCAAAAUUAAUCAGAAUGGUUGUUCCAGCAUUGUUCUUUUUGUUGAGUUUUGACAGUUGUGUGAUACAACUUGGUUUAACAGAAAGCUUAUUACUUGAUGCUUGAAAUAGAAAAGAAUGUACAAAAUAUUUUUUGAUAACCUUUUUAACUUAACUGGUUGAACUAACACGGUACUCAUUGUUUUUCAGGCACAAUAGGUAAAACAUCAAAGUGUCUCUUACCUACCUACCAAGACCUAAGUCCUCCUCCUAAAUACACAUUAAUGGGCUGGGCAUGCAGUACCUUAAAAUCAAAUUUUAUCUUAAACUUCUACAAUAAGUAUCUCCAUUUCUAAAAGCCCAUUACAUAAAGAUACGAUAAACACAGAGCCUUAAUAUCUUGUAAGCUGCUACAGUAGUAGGUGUUCACCUCAAAGAACCAAUUAAAAGACUAAAAAACCUUUGUGAAGGUGGCUGAGGAGAUGCCCAAACAUAAAAGGAAAUAGUAUUUAACAAUAUACUCAUUAAGUUGAUCACGUUCCAGAAAUAACCUGCCCCAUCCACUGGAUACUGUGUUGUUCACUUUAGCCGGCGUUCCGAGUUCCACAUCCCCUCACCCUUUGAACUGAUUUGCUCACAGUACAAGGUGUAUUCUCAGGGGUUUCACUCGGUGUUCUCCACUCUGUGUUUCCUGGCACUCGUUGCAGGCUCCUGGCACUGUCACCAGUCGUUCCCUGCAGGAAGGAAAGGUCAGCCCUUGGCACGUGCCACGCUGUGCAGGUGCACUCCUGGGCACCUCACGGGGACUCUGUCCCACCAGGCCCCUUCAGGCUGAACAGACAGAGGCAGAGGCACAGCCCACAAGGAGCUGAUGGUGGUAUUUUGGUGCCCAAGGCUUUUCCUGGAAUUUUGAUUCUAAGCUUACAAGUGAUGUCAAGGCUCUCUUAGCCUUUAUGAACUGUAAUGUCACCCUGCCCAGCAUAUUUGAUUUUGCAUGCCAUUUCUGCUAUAUCAAAUUGCCUGUUUAGUAAUGUCUGUUUACAGAGCUUAUUUUAACAAACAAGAACACUUCCAUAAGGUUUGUGCUGGGGGAAGAAAACAGGAAUAUAGAUAUAUAACUUUUAAAAAAUAAGUAUUCUAAACAGAAUAUUUUUCUAAACAGAAACAGCUUGAGACUACCUUACUAAUUGAAGUCAUUGAGUUUUGCCAUACUUUUACAGGAGAUUAUUAAAACUGAAAUAACAUUUCCAUUUUAAAAAUGUAUGUGAAACUUCUGCAAAACUGUACCAUCAUUUCUUAUAAAAUGCUUAGCUUGAAAUUCAUUUUAUACGUUUGCUCAGCCAUUAGCAUCAUUUGAUAUUCUAAAAUCAGUUUUUUCUUUUCCAAAUUUUUCUGCACUAAGGACUGCAUAGUAGAACUCACAGUUUUGCCUUGCACUGAAAAAAGAACUUACUAUUUAAUUUUUACAGGCAUUCAACAAGUUCUUCAAAGAUAAUACAUUUCUUCUAUUUUAUUUAUAUGGCUGCAUUCUCAUUCUGUCAGAGUAUGGCUUUCUGUAUGUGGCGCUUUUUAAAUAAAAUUUUGUUUCGAUUCUGGCUAAUUUCCAAAA